CAGCCCGGCGGGGUCACGGCGCAGCGGGCUCGGCGGCGCGCAGGCGCACAGCGCGCCCGCGCCUCCAACAUGGCUGAGGUGGUGCUACUUCUCUUGCAGCAGGAGCAAGGGGGAGGAUGCUGAGCCUCCCGGGAGCUGCAGCCUCAGCCGCAGCAGGGGUGGUGAGGCCUGAGGCGGGCUCCUCUCAGCCAUGGCCAGGCUGGCUGACUAUUUCAUUGUGGUGGGCUAUGACCACGAGAAGACAGGCCCAGCAGAAGGUUUGGGUAAAAUAAUACAAAGAUUUCCUCAGAAGGACUGGGAAGACACUCCUUUUCCACAGGGAAUAGAGUUGUUUUGCCAGCCUGGAGGAUGGCAGCUUUCAAAGGAGAGAAAACAGCCAACAUUCUUUGUGGUCGUUUUGACUGAUAUAGACUCGGAGAGGCACUACUGUUCAUGCUUAACUUUCUAUGAAGCGGAGAUCAAUCUGCAGGGCGCAAAAGAAAUUGAAGGUAAAGAAGAAUCUGGCUUAAUUCCACCUGCUGAAGUAUUCGCUCCUAAAAGUCUGGUGUUGGUGUCCAGACUAGAUUAUCCAGAAAUUUUCAGGGCUUGCCUUGGCCUGAUCUACACUGUGUAUGUGGACAGCCUGAAUGUGUCACUGGAGGCUCUCAUUGCAAAUCUCUGUUCAUGCCUUGUCCCUGCUUCUGGAGGGUCUCAGAAAUUGUUUUCUUUGGGGGCUGGAGACCGACAACUGAUACAGACUCCUCUACAUGAUAGUCUUCCUGUUACAGGCACCAGUGUGGCUCUUCUCUUUCAGCAACUGGGAAUCCAAAAUGUGCUCAGCUUAUUCUGUGCAGUGCUUACAGAGAAUAAGGUUCUUUUUCACUCCACAAGUUUUCAGAGGCUCAGUGAUGCCUGUCGGGCUCUGGAGUCUUUGAUGUUUCCCCUCAAAUAUAGUUAUCCCUAUAUUCCAAUUCUUCCUGCACAGCUAUUGGAAGUUCUCAGUUCACCAACACCUUUCAUAAUUGGUGUACAUUCCAUCUUCCGUAAUGACAUUCAUGAGCUUUUAGAUGUAAUCAUAGCGGACCUGGACGGAGGCACAAUUAAAAUUCCUGAAUGUAUUCAUCUUUCUCAACUCCCAGAGCCACUGCUACAUCAGACUCAAAUGGCACUUUCUCUAGUUUUGCAUCCUGAUUUGGAAACAGCAGAUUAUGCAUUCCCUCCCCCACGAACAGCUUUAUCACACUCAAAAAUGCUGGAUAAAGAAGUACGGGCAAUCUUCCUUAGGCUAUUUGCACAACUUUUCCAAGGAUACCGUUCAUGUCUUCAGCUGAUCAGAAUUCAUGCAGAACCAGUCAUUCAUUUCCACAAGGCAGCCUUCUUGGGCCAGCGAGGCUUAAUUGAGAACGAUUUCCUCACCAAAGUGCUCAACGGAAUGGCAUUUGCUGGUUUUGUAUCAGAGAGGGGUCCUCCUUUCAGAGCCUGUGAUCUUUUUGAUGAGUUGGUAGCCUUUGAAGUUGAAAGAAUUAAAGCUGAGGAAGGUAAUCCACCAAAAAUGAUAAAGCAUGUUAGAGAACUUGCGGAACAGCUCUUCAGAAAUGAGAAUCCAAACCCUCACAUAGCAUUCCAGAAAGUGCCACGGCCUACUGAGGGCUCCCACUUGCGCGUCCACAUCCUCCCGUUCCCCUGGAUAAACGAGGGCCGGGUUCACGAGCUGAUUCAGGAAGGCCUCGCUAGGAAUCAGAGUGCCCCACCUGCCGCUCGGGUGGAUAAGAAGUGUGUGGUGCCAGCUGGCCCGCCUGUUGUUUCCAUAAUGGAAAAAGGAAGCACAGUUUUCAACAGUGCUCAGAGGCUGGAAGUUGUCAGAAACUGCAUCUCAUUCAUUUUUGAAAACAAAUUUUUGGAGACUGAAAAGACGCUGCCUGCUGCUCUGAGAGCCCUAAAAGGAAAGGCAGCUCGGCACUGCCUGACACAGGAAUUAGGCCUUCAUGUUAAACAAAAUCGAGCAAUACUGGACCAUCAGCAGUUUGACUACAUAGUACGAAUGAUGAACUGUGCUUUACAGGUACACUACGAUUGUUCAUCUUCAGAAGAAUAUAGCAUUGCAGCAGCAUUGCUACCCCUGAUGACUGCUUUUUAUAGGAAAUUAGCACCGGGAGUCAGUCAGUUUGCUUACACCUGUGUACAAGACCAUCCUGUCUGGACUAACCAACAGUUUUGGGAAACAACCUUUUAUAGUGAUGUGCAAAAUCAAGUUCGCUCCCUCUAUCUUACAGCCAAAGAAGACAACCAUGCCAUACAAUUGAGGCAAAAGGAGAAAAAUUCUGUAGGUCCAGACCAGGAUAAGACAGCAAUGGACCUAGCUGCUGAGCAGUUGCGUUUAUGGCCAACUCUUACUAAACAAACUCAACAGGAGCUAGUACAGAAUGAGGAAAGUACAGUUUUUAGUCAGGCAAUUCAUUUUGCUAACCUCAUGGUCUACCUGCUAGUACCACUGGAUACAAGUAAGAACAAAUUAUUGAGAACCUCAGCGACUGGUGACUGGGAGAGUGGAAGCAACAGUAUUGUCACAAACAGUAUUGCAGGCAGUGUUGCAGAGAGUUAUGACACUGAAAGUGGAUUUGAGGACUCUGAGAACAACGAUGUUGCAAAUGCGGUUGUACGGUUCAUCACCAGAUUUAUCGACAAGGUUUGCACAGAGAGUGGAGUUACCCAGGAUCACAUCAAAGGUCUUCAUUGCAUGAUACCAGGCAUUGUAGCAAUGCACAUAGAGACCCUGGAGGCUGUCCAUCGUGAGAGUAGAAGACUUCCACCAAUACAGAAGCCCAAGAUUCUACGACCAACUUUAUUGCCUGGAGAAGAAUUUGUUUGUGAAGGUCUCCGUGUGCUACUGGAUCCUGAUGGCAGAGAGGAAGCAACAGGAGGAUUACUUGGAGGUCCUCACAUCCUCCCAGCUGAAGGAGCUUUGUUCCUUACCACCUACAGAAUUAUAUUUAAAGGCACACCUCAUGAUCAAUUGGUUGGAGAACAGACUGUGAUCCGAAGCUUUCCUAUUGCAUCUGUGACAAAGGAGAAGAAGAUCACUAUACAGAACCAGCUACAACAGAGUAUGCAGGAAGGACUACAGAUCACUUCAGCUACCUUUCAGUUAAUUAAGGUAGCAUUUGAUGAAGAAGUAAGUCCUGAAGUGGUGGAAAUAUUUAAGAAACAGUUGAUGAAGUUCCGCUACCCUCAGUCUAUCUUCAGUGCUUUUGCAUUUGCAGCAGGGCAAGCAGCACCACAGAUAAUUUUACCAAAGCAAAAAGAAAAGAACACUUCAUUCCGUACCUUCUCAAAAACCAUUGUGAAAGGUGCAAAACGUGCUGGCAAGAUGACAAUUGGCCGCCAAUAUUUAUUAAAGAAGAAGACAGGCACAAUAGUGGAAGAAAGAGGGAAUCGUCCAGGCUGGCAUGAAGACGACGAUAUCUCUGUUUCAGAUGACAGUGAACUGCACACAAGUGGUACUCUAAAAGCAUCAGAGAAAUCAACAAUGGAGCAAUUAGUAGAAAGAGCCUGUUUCAGAGACUAUCAGCGUUUGGGGCUGGGGACCAUCAGCAGUAACUCUUCUCGUUCAAAAACAGAAUACUUAAGAAUAACUGCACUGAACAGGAUGUAUUCACUUUGCAGGAGCUAUCCUGGGCUUCUGGUAGUACCUCAGUCUGUUCAGGACAGCAGUCUACAGAGAGUUGCUCGCUGUUAUCGUCACAAUCGCCUACCAGUUGUCUGUUGGAAAAACACUAAAAACAGUACUCUCCUACUUAGAUCUGGGGGUUUUCAUGGAAAGGGAGUUGUUGGCCUGUUCAAAUCCCAAACCACACAUACUGCAGCUCCUGCUUCUUUAGAAUCUUCAAGCAGUAUAGAACAGGAGAAGUACCUACAAGCCUUACUGAGUGUGAUAUCCGUCCACUGCAAAAUGAAUGGCAGUAAUACUGUCACUGUUAGACCAACAAUUGCUUUGUCUCCAGGCACUGAAAGGAGGGCUUCAAGAAUGUCCACUGUGUUUAAGCAGGUAGUGCCAGGACAUUUGGAUGUAAAUCUAUCCAAUAGCUUUGCUCAAGGAGUGCUUGGGUACAGAGAUAAAUGUUUCACUCAUUCAAAUUCCAAAUCAGCAACUAAGGGAAGAGUCCAUCAAGGUGUUUGGGCAAGUCUUCGUUCCAGCAAUCGAUUUAUCAGCACUCAGACUCCAUUCAUUGAUGUUGGUGCAAGACUUGCAGGAAAAGAUACCACCACUUCCUACAGUAGCAGCACAUUUUUGCAAAGUCAGCUUCUGAGACGUCAGGCAGCCCUUUACAUAUUUGGAGAAAAAUCUCAAUUACGGGGCUUCAAACUAGAUUUUGCUUUAAAUUGUGAAUUUGUUCCUGUUGAAUUCAGUGACAUCCGACAGACAAAAGCAAGCUUUAAAAAGCUGAUGAGAGCUUGUGUUCCCAGCACUAUUCCUACAGAUUCUGAGGCAACAUUCCUUAAAGCACUUGGGGAGUCAGAAUGGUUCCCACAGCUUCACAGGAUAAUGCAGUUGGGUGUGAUCAUCUCAGAGCUCCUGGAAAAUGGUUCUUCAGUUAUGGUUUGUUUGGAAGAUGGCUGGGAUAUUACUGCACAAGUGGUAUCUCUGGUACAGUUGCUCAGCGAUCCCUUCUAUAGGACACUUGAAGGCUUCCGAAUGCUGGUGGAAAAAGAAUGGCUGUCUUUUGGUCAUAAGUUCAGUCAGCGCAGUAAUCUGACUCUCAAUUGUCAGGGCAGCGGAUUUGCUCCUAUUUUCUUACAGUUUCUAGAUUGUGUGCAUCAAAUUCAUAACCAAUACCCAACAGAGUUUGAGUUCAAUCAGUAUUACUUGAAGUUUCUGGCUUUUCAUUACAUAUCAAAUCGAUUUAAAACAUUUCUUCUGGAUUCAGACUAUGAAAGACUAGAACAUGGGACAUUGUUUGAAGAUAAAGGAGAUAAACAUGCCAAAAAAGGAAUUUGUAUUUGGGAAUGUAUUGAAAAGAUGCACAAAAGGAGCCCUAUUUUCUUCAAUUACCUCUAUGCCCCUGCCGAAACAGAGGCACUGAAACCAAACGUGGGUAUAUCCAGCCUCAAAAAGUGGGAUUAUUAUGUAGAAGAGAUUUUGGCUACAGGUCCUUCCUAUGAUUGGACCACGGUGACAGCAAAAUGCAGUAUUUUAGAGGAAGCUGACCAAACGGAUGGUUCACGCUCUCAGAGUAAGAGGAAAAUAGUAUGGCCAUGUUAUGAUGAUGUUAAAAAAAUACAACCUGAUGCCAUCAGCAGCCUCUUAAAUGAAAUUGAAAGGUUGGAAAAUAAAUUAAAUCAGAGCCCAGAAAGAUGGCAGCUUUUGUGGGAAAGAGUCAAAAUGAAUCUAAAGGAUGACACCAGACAAGACAAUCUCAGGAGACAUCCCUCUGGCUCCUCAGGAAUGAUGUCAGCUAAUCUACAUUCCUAUCAAAAGAGGUCUUUGUUGGAAAUACCUGACCACGGGCUGGGUGAGGAGCAGAGUGCAAAUAUCUCUCCCUCCAAUGGAGUAGACAGAAGAGCAACUACACUAUACAAUCAUUUCACAUCAAAGAACGAUGAAAAUAGAUCUUUUGAAGGUACGCUAUACAAAAGAGGAGCUUUGCUAAAAGGUUGGAAACCUCGCUGGUUUGUGCUGGAUGUGACAAAACACCAGCUGAGAUACUAUGACUCUGGUGAAGAUACAAGCUGUAAGGGACACAUAGAUCUUGCAGAAGUAGAAACAGUGAUUCCUGCUUCUCCAUCAAUUGGAGCCCCAAAACAUGCAAGUGAAAAAGCAUUUUUUGAUUUGAAGACAAGUAAACGUGUGUAUAAUUUUUGUGCCCAAGAUGCACAGAGUGCCCAACAAUGGAUGGAUAGGAUCCAGAGUUGCAUUUCAGAUGCUUAGAAAGGAAUAACAUUCCAUAAUCAAGACAUGUUUAAAGCACCUCUUUUUGUAAGAAGACACGUUUUAAAUGUUACUGAUGGACAACCAGCCUUUCUUACGUUUCAGCCAUAAACCUUCAUAAUAUGCUGACAUUCCUUUUCUAUUUAAAAAUGACAACCACUAUAACUGCUAUUUUUUUUCUGCAGGGAGGACUUUGAAAAAUAAUAAUCCAUUUAUCCCGAAUUUCCACUUUCUUCAGUACAAUUCCCAGCUAUAAAAUGCCUGCUGUAUUGCACUAUCAUCUAAUCUUAUUUUUCUCAUUUCAGAGUUAUCCUGUUAGAAAAACUAUCCAAAGUAAAUUGUAGAAAUUUUCCCUCCAGUAGGAAAUCUAUUUUCACGUUAUUUAUAUUUUUAAACAGAAAGUUCAUAUUUCCAAAUUAGUCAUUAGUAAGAGGGAACAUGUCUACAAUUCCUUUAAAAAAAAAAAAAAAUCUUGAAACUUGUGAGCCCAGUGGCAUAUAUAUCAGGUGGCUGAGGUUUAGGCAGUUGGUACUUUUUAAGACCAAAAAGUAAAAUCGCCUGAUAUCAAAUUUUCAGAGAAGGUGUAUUUGCAGUGUGCAGGCUGUUCUCUAACUUUGUGUUCUUCAGAGUACUCCUGCAAUGUUGUUACGGAAUUUCAAGUUCUAGUGAUUAUCUAAAGAUCAUAGCACUUUUAUUUUGGAUUUUGUUUGCUGUUGUUACGGGACAAUGAAAGAAAAGUGGCUGACGCUGUCCAGGAGAAAUAGGCAAAAAACUAGGAAUUCAGUGGAAGAAAAAUCUCUUCAAGUAUGAGAGUUGUAUAUGUUAAUUUAUGUGCUGUUCUGCUCACUGUAAAAUAAAAAAUAACAAACACGGUAAUGCACUAAACAAUAAAGCAAGCACUUGCACUGAAAUCUUUAAAAUGCAGACAUUUUGAAGGACAGAGGUAAGUUAUUUAUAGCAGAACAAUACUAGCUAGUUAACAACAUUUACAGGUAAUAAAUAUGUACAUAAUUGGGUUUCAUGUGUUGUGAUUUGAUACUUUCUAAACAUUUUUUGCACAUGAAUCAGAAGACUGUUUAUAGAUUUUUACAUUUGAUAAAAUUGUGCUUGUUCAACUUAAUAUCUUGGAGAAACAGUUUUUAAUAGCCCCAAAUUAAUAGAAAUUUUACAUUCUACAAAUAGUGAUGACAUUGAUAAGUAAUUAAGCCAUUGCUUUUAUUUUGAAAUGUGUAUAUGUUAAAUAGCACACUAAUAUUACAAAAGGUUUGUACAUAUGAUUCAGUAUUUUCUCAAUUUUCCAGACAUUCUUGUAAUUUAAUGUCAGCCUAACCAAAUUGACUAUACUUACAGGAUUUUUCGGUUAUUAAAUUGUUUGUUUGUUUGUUUUAACUAAUGUAUUUUGUCAGAAAGGAACAUAAAUUUCUCACUUCACACACAGUAGGAAAUGCAGCUGUUUUUAAUACAUUUGCAAUUUCAAAAAAAAGAAAAAGGAUUUUUCUAGCAUUUUUCAACUGAUGAAUUUCCACCUGUGACAAUGGUGUUUGCACAUUUGUAUUUUUCUUUGUAUAUGAAGUACUUUUAUAUGUACUUUGUAAAAUACUGAUCCCAUUCUUAGGUUAUAUAAAAAUAUACACACCACUUCUUAUUUUGUAA